CUGCCUGCUCCGUGGCAGGUUUUUAUAAUUCUUUUCCUGCAUACAGAGUGGGGGAGGCACUGGAGGGCUGCGGUGAAUCAAAAGUUGGGGAAAGGGGUCCUCUGCUGGGCUGGGGCUCAGAUACCGCCGGAAGCUCUCCUGAGUACUAGGGCCGAAGAGGGGGCUAGGCAGCCCGGGUGAGUCACCAGUGCGUUUUGUUUCCUCCUCACUCCCUCCCCCCACCCCCACCCCGCACCCCAGACGCGUGGCUCCUCCCCUACGGGGGCGGGCCCGAAUAGGAGAAAGCUCCACCCCCUCCGACCCGCCCCCGGCCCCCGGUGCGAAUUUUGCGCUGGGGAGCGGCGGGCGAUGCUGGAGGCUCGCGGAGCUGGGGAGCGGCUGGACUCGGCGCCGCAUCUCCCCCGCCCCGAGCGGACGCUGUCCUGCCGCCAGCUGCGGCGUCCCCGGAGCCUCCGGAGCCCCUGGAGCCUCGAGCCAGCGGCUUCCUCCUCGUGACGGGACAGGCGCUGCAGACCGGGUCCGGCAAUGCCGUUUGGCUGUGUGACUCUGGGAGAAAAGAAGGACUAUAAUCAGCCAUCUGAGGUGACAGACAGAUAUGACUUGGGGCAGGUCAUCAAAACGGAGGAGUUCUGCGAGAUUUUUCGAGCCAAGGAUAAGGCGACAGGGAAGCUGCAUACCUGUAAGAAGUUCCUAAAGAGAGAUGGGCGGAAGGUGCGCAAAGCGGCCAAGAAUGAGAUCAUCAUCCUGAAAAUGGUGAAGCACCCCAACAUCCUGCAGCUGGUGGACGUGUUUGUGACCCGCAAAGAAUACUUCAUUUUCUUGGAGCUGGCCACAGGGAGGGAAGUGUUUGACUGGAUUUUGGACCAGGGAUACUACUCAGAGCGAGACACAAGCAACGUGGUGCGGCAAGUCCUGGAGGCCGUGGCCUACCUGCAUUCCCUGAAGAUUGUGCAUCGAAACCUCAAGUUGGAGAAUCUGGUAUACUACAACCGGCUGAAGAAUUCCAAGAUUGUCAUCAGCGACUUCCACUUGGCCAAGCUAGAGAAUGGACUCAUCAAGGAACCCUGCGGGACCCCAGAAUACCUGGCUCCUGAGGUAGUCGGCCGACAGAGGUAUGGACGGCCUGUGGAUUGCUGGGCAAUUGGAGUCAUCAUGUACAUUCUGCUGUCAGGAAACCCCCCCUUUUAUGAGGAGGUGGAAGAAGAUGAAUAUGAAAACCAUGACAAAAACUUGUUUCGCAAGAUCCUUGCUGGAGACUACGAGUUUGACUCACCAUACUGGGAUGACAUCUCACAGGCAGCCAAAGAUUUAGUGACCCGAUUGAUGGAAGUGGAGCAGGACCAGAGAAUCACUGCUGAAGAGGCUAUCUCCCAUGAAUGGAUUUCAGGAAAUGCUGCUUCAGAUAAAAACAUCAAGGAUGGAGUUUGCGCCCAGAUUGAGAAGAAUUUUGCCAGGGCCAAGUGGAAGAAAGCUGUCCGUGUCACCACGCUCAUGAAACGGCUGCGGGCUCCAGAGCAGUCCAAUGCAGCCGCUGCCCAGGCUGCUCCAGCCACGGACACUGCCAACCCGGCGGCAGGUGGGGGGGCCACAGCCGCAGCCCCAAGCGGCGCCGCUUCCGCUCCGGCCGCAGAGAGCGCCGCCGCACCUGCUGCCAAAAGCGGUGAUGCGUCGGCCACCGACGGCAGCAUCACCCCGGCUACUGACAGGAGCGCCACCCCGGCCACCGACGGCAGCGUCACCCCAGCCACCGAUGGCAGCGUCACCCCGGCCACCGACGGCAGCGUCACCCCAGCCACCGACAGGAGUGCCACCCCGGCCACGGAUGGAAGCGCCACGCCGGCAAGUGGAGGGAGAGCCACCCCUGCUACAGAAGAGCACACGACACCAGCCCCCCAAAGCAGCAACACGUCUGCUUCCAAGGCAGCUGUGCCCCCCGAGCUGGCCCCGGCCCAACCGGACAGCACAGCUUCGGGGGUCCAGUCGGUACAGGCUCCGUCCACGUGUAAAGGAGAAGAGGCUGCCAGCUCCGCCCCGGAGGCCAGGAGCGAGACCGGCUGAGCCGGACAGGGGAAUGGGUGGGGGGAGGGCGAAAGGGAGGGUGGGCAUGGGGGAGGGUCUCACUGUACAUAGAGUCACUGGCAUGACAACCCCUGUUUCUUGGAAGGGCCACAGGCUAGCCAAGCCAUGCGGCAACCUGUGGCUAGGGGGUAUGGCCUGACCCCCUCCCCUGUGGGAUGGAUCCCUAGGGGCUACAAGAGAGCUGUCUCUUCUUCUGUAUGUGCGAGUGGGUGGGGGAGGCCCUGGCUGGCCCCGGCCCCUGCAUGGACUUUUUGUGGCUUUUUUUUUUGUCUUUUACUGGCUUCCCCUAUUUCUGUUCCUUGCUGGACACUGCUCUAGGGACACUGCCCCUCUUCCGUCAUGAUUCCCCUAAGCCCCACAGGUCCUGUCCACUCCCAGAUGUGGAAGUCCUGUCCACUUCCCCUGAGAGCUGGUCAUGUGGUGAGGUUGUGGGGUGAGGGAUCAAGGUGACCCCCUCAGCCUCUCUGGUGCAUGUCUGACUCCCUCUCUGCACAUGGACAGAAAGGUUAGGGGCAGAAGAUGACAGAAUGAUUGAGCCCAGAGCUCAAGAAUGACCCUCUCUACUAUACUCCAUGACCUUAGAAAGGAGAAAAAGAGUGGGUGUGAUUUAAAAAAUGUGUUUUAGCAAAGUGUAUACAGAUGCAAAGAGAAGCUGUCCUGAAUGCAAUCCAGCCUGACCUUCUUAGAAGUCGUUGCUGGGGACCUCAUCCUUGCUUCUUAGUCUCAUCCUCACAGCUUUGAAGCAGUCCUAAAAAAUGCAGUGGGCCAAGGGAGAGAGAGACAGCUCUUGAGGGUAGAGGAGCAGUAGGGAUGGCUUGAGCUGAGACCUGAGUCCUUAUGGGAAUGAGCAGAAAGGUUGAAGGGAAAGAAGGAGGGAUCAGAUGAUACGGUCUCUGUAUUAUGGUCACCCACAUGUGGGAGCAGGGGCCAAAGGUCAGUUGGUUUCAAAGUCCUACUUGUUCCAGCCCAGCCCUCUUCUUUCCUCUCAGGCUAUCAACCCAUUACCCAAACCCAAAAGUACCCUCAAUAUAUCAAUUUCCUAUUGUUUGUAUAUUUUGGGGAUCUGCCUCUUCAUGAAUUGAUUUCUCUAUCACCCAUUUCACCAAUAACAUGGAGGUAGAAAAACUCAGUGUUCUUCAGUCCCGUCCCGUCCCCCACUAGGGCCUGGAGGGAGGUCUAGAACACAACACCUUGCUAACCUUGCAGGGGUCCUGAAGGAAUCCCAAGUUUCUUUUUCUGAUAGGUGAGAAUGUGGGCUGGGUUCCAUUGGUCCCUCAUACGAGGGAGCUAAGGAUCAAGGGAAGGAACAUGGCAGGAACCCCUUGUAAGAACCUGCUGCUAAGGGCGGGGGCAGCUAUGCCAUCCCCCUGCCCCUAUGUCCCUACCCCAGGCUCAAGGCUUCUUGCCCCUUGCCUGAGGGUUUCUGCAAUGGUUGUGCCCCAGCUCCCCCUGCAUGCCCGUGGGUUUGAUGUGGCGCUCAGAGGCCAGCAGGGCUAGACUGUGCGUCUUGCUGUAAUUGGCAAAUAAAUGUCACCUUGCCAAAG